AUGCAGCGGUGGCAGCGGGCCCCGGCGGCGCGGCGGCGCUGGGCGCUGCUGCUCGGGCCGCUGGCGCUGUUCGCCGCCGCCCUGGCGCUGCGCGGCACCGCGCGCCCCGACCCCGCCGACCGCUCCCGCCUCUACCGGGCGCUGGAGCUCUCCCCCAGCCGCAGCAUCAACUGCUCGGGGGUCGUCCGCGGGGACCACACAGCCAUCGAAAAGGCGCAGCUCAACAACCUGGAAGUGGCGAACAGAAGGGCUUCAGUGACGCCCGGCGAGUACCUGAACAUUACGAGGGACUGCAGAGCCUUCAAGGAGACCCGGCGCUACAUCGAGUUCCCGCUCAGCCAGGAGGAGGAAGAGUUCCCCAUCGCCUACUCCAUGAUCAUCCACCACAAAAUCGACAUGUUUGAGCGACUCCUGCGAUCCAUCUAUGCCCCCCAGAAUGUUUACUGUGUCCAUGUAGACAGCAAAUCCCCGGCCGCCUUCCAGGAAGCCGUGCGGGCCAUUGCUGCCUGCUUCCCCAAUGUCUUCGUGGCUAGCCGCCUGGAAAGCGUGGUCUAUGCCGCCUGGUCCCGGCUGCAAGCCGACCUCAAUUGCAUGCAGGACCUCCUGCAGAGCCCCGUGCCAUGGCGUUACCUCAUCAAUACCUGCGGCACUGACUUCCCCAUCAAGACCAACGCCGAAAUAGUCCGGGUGCUGCAGGUGCUGCAGGGCCAGAACACCGUGGAGUCGGAGAGGCCCUCGGCCGCCAAACAGCAGCGCUGGGAGUACCACUACGAGGUGGGCGAGACCAUCUCUCGCACUGCCCAAAAGAAACUGCCCCCACCCCACAGCUACCCCAUGUUCACGGGCAGCGCGUACAACGCCGUCACACGGGACUUCGUGCAGUAUGUCUUCGAGAACCCCACAGCACAAAAGUUCCUCGAGUGGUCCAAGGACAGCUACAGCCCUGACGAGUACGUCUGGGCCACCCUGAACCGCAUGCCGGGCGUGCCGGGGGGCACGCCCCUCAGCGACAAGUUCCAGCUCUCGGACAUGAACGCCCUUCCCCGCCUGGUCAAGUGGGAGUACCUGGAGGGUGACAUCAGCAAGGGCGCGCCCUACCCGCCCUGCACCGGCCGCCACCAGCGCUCCAUCUGCAUCUACGGGGUGGGCGACGUGCCCUGGAUGCUGCAGCAACACCAUCUCUUGGCCAACAAGUUCGACCCCGAGGUGGACGAUGCGGCCAUCCAGUGUCUCGAGGAGUACCUGCGCCACAAGGCCCUGUACGGCCGGGGGCUCUGA